AUGGCGUCGACCGUGAACCUGACCGAGCGUCUUCCGAACGCCAACCUCAAGGUCGCCAGCGUGCGAGCUAUCCGAUCUGAUAGUAUUGCUCUAGGCUACCUACUGCCCGCAGCCGACCACGACGCGAGGCGCCCCACCGUCCUCGGCGUGCACCCGAAGGAGCCCAAGAUCAUCUACUGCUCCGGAAAGCUCGUCGUGAUCCGCGACCUUGAGAACCCUGCCAACUGCCUUAUCUACCAAGGCCACAACAGCCCGACGACGGCUGCUAAGAUCUCGCCCAAUGGUUACUGGGUCGCAUCGGCCGACACGUCGGGCAAGGUCCGCGUCUGGUCGUACGACAACCCGGAGCACACGCUCAAGGUCGAGGUGCCGGUCUUUGCCGGCGAAGUCAAGGACUUGAGCUGGGACCCCGAGAGCAAGCGCAUUGUCGCUGUCGGUGAUGGCCGUACGCUCCUCGCUCGCGUCUUUAUGUGGGACACGGGCAACAGCAUUGGCGAAAUCGCGGGCCACCAAAAGCGCAUCUUGAGUGUCGACUACAAGCCGACGCGGCCGUUCCGUAUCCUCACCGCGUCCGAGGACUUUAACGUUUGCGCGUUCGAGGGCCCGCCGUUCAAGUUCAAGCACUCGAUGCAGAGCCACACCAACUUUGCCAACUGCGUCCGGUACUCGCCCGAUGGCAACUACGCCGUGAGCGUGGGCUCGGACAAGGGCAUGGUGCUCUACGACGCCAAGACGAGCGAGAAGCUCUCGACGUUUCCUCCUGCGCAUGCGGUCUCGAUCUACUCGGUCGCUUGGAGCCCGGACAGUAAGCAGCUCCUCACGGCGUCCGGCGACAAGACUGUCAAGCUCUGGGAUGUCGAGACGCUCUCCGUCGUGACCACGUUUACGUUUGGCAACACGAUCCAGGACAUGCAGCAGGCCGUCGUGUGGCACGGCGACUACAUGGUGUCGCUCUCUCUCUCGGGCAACCUCAACUACCUCAACCUCGCAUCGCCCGACACGCCGUCCCGGUACGACGCGCUUCUUGCAAGCACUCGCGAUCGACCGCGACGAGAACAAGUUUUCACCGGCAGCUACGACGGCGUCGUGUGCGCGUGGACCGGCGCAACGGCGCACCGCUUUGGCGGCGACGUGCACACGGCCAAGAUCACGUGCAUUGACGCCAUGGGCGGUCUCCUCGCGAGCGGUGGCUGGGACGACAAGGUCCGGUUCGGCGCCGUCGCGGACGAAGCGUAUGCGUCGAGCGUCGAGCUCAAUGGCGCGCAGCCGACCGGCCUCGCGCUCGCGACGCAUGGUCCGUCCGACAGCUUCAUGUGCGCCGUGAGCUCCAACAAGGGCGUCAAGCUCAUCGUGAACGGCACGCUCGUGCACGAGACGGCCAACUUUGCGUGGACGGGCACGUGCAUCGCCGUGCACCCCUCAGGCACGCAACUCGCGGUCGGCGGCCAAGAAGACAACACGAUCCAUCUCUUUGAUGUCGUGUACGGCGCCGACGGGUCGUUCCACCUCGCGGAGACGGCGCCGCUCGUCGGCCACCUCGGCGCGCUCACGAGCAUUGCGUACUCGCCGGACGGAUCACUCUUGGCGGCCGGCGACGCGUACCGCGACGUGCGCGUCUGGGACCUUGCCUCGCGCGAAGCCAAGGUCGCGGGCCAGUGGGUCUUUCACUCGACGCGCGUGACGACGGUCGCGUGGUCGCCCAGCGGCCAGCAUGUGGUCAGCGGCGCCUUGGACGGGCACCUCUUCGUGUGGAGCGUCGCCAAGCCGAGCGCGCGCCACCAGUUUGACUAUGCGCAUGAAGACGGCGUCAUGGGCGCCAAGUUUAUGGCCGACGACCAGAUCAUCUCGAUCGGCAAUGACGCAGCCGUGCGCACGUGGCUCCUCCCGGCCUUUUAA